AUGGCCCACUCUACCCAAUGCUUUUUGCCAAAAUUUGGUCCUCUAUCCGAAGGUCCUAAACGGCCUAUGUCGAUGAGGACCAGGACGAGCAGUUCAGAAACCACCCAGUUGAUUUCGGCGUGGCAGGAAGGACAACUCGACGCUCUAUUACAAACCACGUGGGCCUUGGUCCUUUACCGCUAUAUCGGUUCUCCAGAUAUUUGCUUCGGUUGCCAACACCUGACUGCUCAUGAUGAUGCGACCCGUUCCUCAGAUAGUGCGGUAAUCCGUACAUGCAGACUCUCAGUCAGCGAGGAUGACUCUAUUCGAGGAUUGCUUGAGAAAGCGAAGGGUCCGAUUGACCUCGCCGAUUCCGCUGAGAUAUGUGGAACUCCGAGCGUGGUGACCAGAAACUUUCGGUUGUAUAACACCAUGAUGAUGAUUCAAGAUUGUCGUGAGACGACAACGACCUCGACAGAUACCCCCGUCGCGGUGAUUGCCCUCCCAAAUGAGUGCCACCUUCGCCUUCACGUGAAGGUUUUGUAUGAAGAUAUGGGCAUCUUUAUGGAGUGGUGGAAUAACGAUAUAUCAACCGAGCAAAUCAGGACCAUGUCCAGCUAUUUCCAAGAGACGUUAGCCCGAGUUCUUAUGGCAGAUGACACGGCAGUGAGCAAACUAAGCGGCAUAUCAGAAAGCGAUUGGGCUCGCAUCUGCAAGUUUAACGCAAAGGCUCUAGAGACCCAUGACCGUUGUAUUCAUGAAGCCAUCCAUGAGCAGACAGUACUCCAGCCCGAGAGCGAAGCCGUGUGUGCUUGGGAUGGAAGCUUGACAUAUAGCAAAUUGGAUCUGUUAGCUUCUCAACUUGCGUACCAUCUCCAAGCGCGAGGUGUUGGGCCUGAAGUUCGCGUAGCCCUAUGUUUUGACAAAUCCAAAUGGAAUAUUGUGGCAAUGCUUGCCGUCUUGAAGGCUGGUGGUGCCUUUGUGCCCUUAGAUCCAACACACCCAGCAUCUCGCUUACAGUCUCUUGCUCGAUCUGUACAGGCAAAAAUUAUGCUGUGUUCCAGAAACCAUGUCCAGAACUUAAGGGCGGUGGUAGAGCACUUGAUACCACUAGACGGUGACACUUGGGAAGAACUUUCAAUUCCCCGCGGAGACGUAAGCCUAUUAACGGAAGUAAAGGGUUCCAACGCAGCAUAUGUGAUCUUUACUUCCGGAUCAACCGGAGAGCCAAAGGGCACUUUAAUGGAACAUAAAGCAUAUGUAUCCAGUGCAAUGGCUCAUGCACCACAACUUCGUGUCUUUGCCAGCUCACGUGUACUACAAUUUGCGGCACAUACGUUUGAUGCGAGCUUGGCUGAAAUCCUGACAACGUUGUUGGUCGGGGCUUGCGUCUGUGUGCCAAGUGAAGAAGCCCGCCUAAACAAUAUCACCAAAGUCAUCAACGACAUGAGAGUGAACCAUGCUACUUUGACACCAUCAUUCGUUGACUUCAUCAAUAUCUCAGAUGUUCCAAAACUUGAGAGUCUUGUGCUCGCCGGUGAGGCAAUGUCUCAAUCGCACCUGGAGACAUGGUCCAAAAUCAACCUUGUGAAUGGGUUUGGGCCCACGGAGACUGCCGUUACAGCUGCAGUCAACUCAAAGGUCACUAGUUCCUCUGAUAGCAGGGAUAUAGGUCUUCCCACCGGGGUUCAUUGCUGGAUUGUAGAUUCAGAUGAUCACAACCAACUUGUGCCCAUUGGUUGCGUCGGGGAAAUGCUCGCGGAGGGCCCUUCUCUAGCUCGAGGAUACGUUAAUAAUCAGCAAAAAACUGAUGAGGUUUUCAUUUAUGACCCAUCCUGGACAAAACGCCAGGGUGGAGAUUCAGGCCGGAGGUUUUAUAAGACCGGCGAUUUGGUACGGUAUAAUUCCGAAGCUGGUUCGCUGACGUAUAUAGGGAGAAAGGACACACAAGUAAAGUUUCAUGGACAAAGAAUUGAGUUGGGUGAGAUCGAAGACAACCUGAAUACUGAUCCAAACAUAAAGCACUGCCUUGUGUUCCUCCCGAAGUCUGGGUUCUCUGAAGGCAGAAUCGUAGCGGUAUUGUCUUUGCCUAUCUUCGACGAGAUUUCAGACUCAGAGCCGGUACCCCUGAGACUUCUUGAGACUUCAAAGAAGAAUUCAGUCAUAACUCAGAUACGUGAUCGAUUGUCGGCACGCUUACCAGCGUAUAUGAUCCCAACUGUGUGGUUGUGUGUCGAGACUGUGCCAAUGCUUGUAUCCGGUAAACUGGACAGAAAGGCUACUGCAAAUUGGGUUGGCAACCUGGAAAAUGACCCAAAUAUCCAACUCGCCAAUCUUGACCCCAUCCCUAAUGAGAGUAGCACUCGGUCUGAAAAUGCGACAGAGGAACGACUGGCUUCCAUCUGGAGCCGUGUCCUCAAUAUCCCCAGAAACCACAUCAGCCUCGACGAAAGCUUUUUAAGUCAGGGAGGUGACUCGAUUGCCGGAUUAACAUGUGUUGGUUUCUGCACAAAGCAGGGAAUCGGUAUCACAGUUCAAGAUAUACUUCGGAGCAAGUCGAUUCGGGACUUAGCAACCCGUGCAAAGGAGAUUCAACAGCCAGCAUCUUAUGAGGAAACCAUUGAGAAACCAUUCGGCCUUUCGCCGAUUCAAAAGCUUCAUUUCAUGGUGCGCCAAGAGGGUCAGGGACAUUUCAACCAGAGCGUGCUGACGCGUUUGAAUCAACAAGUCGAUGAGCAUGACCUGCGCCGCAGUAUUGAAACGCUUGUUAACCGCCACUCUAUGCUCAGAGCACGAUUGGUUGACUUUGGCGCUGAUGGAUUCCAGCAGCGUAUUACGGAAGACAUUGCAGGCUCUUACCGUUGGCACAUGCAUGAUGUGAACUGUCAAGAUCAGAUUGAGCAUGCCAUUGCCGAUAGCCAGUCAAGCAUCAAUAUUUACACCGGGCCCGUCCUAGCAGUUGAUAUGUUCAAAGGAAAUGGCAAGGAAUAUGUUUUGUCUCUCGUUGCUCAUCAUCUAGUUGUCGAUAUCGUUUCCUGGCGAAUCAUUCUGGAAGAUCUGGAGGAUUUACUUCUGAACCCGGAUGAUGCUAAAUCGCAAACCGGCUCUCUUCCUUUCCAGAGUUGGUGCCAAAUGCAAGCAAACAAAUGCCAGGAACCGAACAUGGCUUUGGAAAAUCUUCCUCCACCGGACUUCGCCUACUGGGGAAUGGAUAAAUGUUCUAUAACUUACGGAGACGUGGAUUGCGAAACAUUUGAGGUCGAUGCAGAGAGCACCCAUGCUCUCCUGAUGGACUGUCACCAAAGUCUUCAGACUGAGCCUAUUGAUGUGUUUCUCGCCUCUCUUCUGCAUUCUUUCCAGCAGACCUUUAGCGACCGAUCUUUACCAGUGAUCUACAACGAAGGCCAUGGUAGGGAGGUCUGGGACUCUGGAAUAGAUAUCUCGCGUACUGUUGGGUGGUUUACUAUUCUGCACCCAAUAACCUUACAGCAGAUUGCAGAAGAUGACCCAGUAAAGACACUCAUACGUGUCAAGGACCUCCGUCGACGCGUUACGGAUAAUGGCAGGCAGGAUUUUGCACGGCGCCUGGUGGGCGAUGCGGAAGACCGUGGCCAUCCUAGCCCCAUGGAAAUUUCAUUCAAUUAUGUCGGCCAGCACCGAGACUUGCAGAGACAGGAUGGCCUCUUCCAGCUUAUGAAUCAGAUGGCUGGAGAGGCUGGUCGAGGUGGUGGAGCAGCAGACUUCGGCGAGAAGACCCCGCGAUUUGCCCUUUUCGAGAUCUCUGCGAUGGGUGUUCAAGGACGCUUGCGGUUUACGUUUUCCUUUAACCGAUAUAUGAAGCAUCAGCAAGCUAUCCGACAUUGGAUCUCAAACUGCCAUGACCUCCUCAAGUACCUCGGUUCAAAAUUGCAGUCCCUUGCGCCAAAACCAACAUUAAGCAGUUUCCCAAUGCUAUCCUUAACGUAUGAAGAGCUCGAAGCGAUGUUCUCGGAUAGACUGCCGAGUGUUGGAAUCAAAUCUUUUGAGCAAGUAGAGGAUAUCUAUCCUUGCUCGCGCAUGCAACAGGGUAUAUUAUUGAGCCGUUCCCGAGACGAAGGGUUCUACUCUGUGCAUGACACGUUCGAAGUGAAAGGCUCACAAAGCGAGCCUGAUCUCAAUCAACUGGUGCUUGCUUGGCAACAGGUGGUUAUGCAUCACCCAAUGCUACGGACGAUAUUUGUGGACAAGCUCACCAGCCGGGAGCUUUUCUGUCAGGUGGUCCUAAAAACCAUCGACUCUCAGCCAAGUAUUUUCAGAUGUAUGGACGAGAGUGGAGUGCUUGCUGCGUUUGAUGAACAGCGCCCAAUGACCUAUGUAGGAUCUCGGCCACCUCACCGAUUUACUAUCUGUCAGACUGCUGCUGGAAAACUUUUUUGCAGACUGGAAAUCAACCAUGUUUCCAUGGAUGGUUCUUCGAUUUCAAUUAUAGUCCGAGACUUAGAGCUGGCAUACGCUGGAAAGCUGGAAGCAUACCGCAGACCGAUGUUCAAGAACUUCCUACAUUACUUGCGUGAGCAAGAUGACAGCACCAGCUAUUGGUGCUCGUAUUUGUCAGACUGCAAGCCUUGUCAUUUUCCGGUGCUUAAUGAUGGCCUCACCUCUGAAAAGCAGCUUCGAAGUGUUCGUCUGAACGUCAACUUCUACAGCGAACUUCUAGAAGCGUGCGAGAAGUGUGGAGUAACUCUGUCAACUGCGAUUAGCACGGCUUGGGGUCUUACGCUUGGUCAAUUCUGUGGCUCCAGUGAUGUUUGCUUCAGUUACUUGGCCUCUUUGAGAGAUAUGCCCGUCGAAGACAUCGAGUCUGUUGUCGGGCCGGUUAUAACGCUGUUGGCAUGCCGAAUGAAGAUGCCCGUAAAUAGUUGGCUCUCAGAUAUCCUACAUCAGGUCCAGAAUGACUAUAUGGAACAACUAUCCCACAGAAACACGUCACUCAUUGAUAUACAACACGCCUUGAAACUCUCGGAUACGACACUGUUCAACACUGGCGUCUCAUACAGGAAGCUGCCACCGAACAAAGUAAACUCCGAGGAGGUUCAGUUUGUGGAGGUGGGAUCAAUCUAUGAUCCUGCGGAGUUUCCCGUUUAUGUCAAUGUCGAGGUUGCUGAAGAUGACGCGCGCAUUGACCUGAACUAUUGGACGAACGCUCUGUCAGUUGGUCAAGCAGAAAACGUUGCUAGCGUUUUUCUCAAGGCUCUGGAAAAUAUUGCCCAUUAUCAAGAUACCAAGACCAGCACGAUAAGUGAUAUCGACUUUCUCAGCGAGCAGUCUUGCACAAAGCUAUGUGAAUGGAAUGCGAAGUUACCAGAUAGACCAGAAAAGUGUGUACACGAAAUCAUUCAGCAACAGGCAUUAUAUCUCCCUCUAUCAACCCCUGCAAUAUGCUCAUGGGAUGCGAAUCUUACGUACUCAGACGUCGAGCACCUUUCAACUCGACUGGCUCAGUAUCUUAUAGGUCUCGGAGUAGGACCCGAAACAUUUGUCGCCUUGCUUUUCGAGAAGUCAGCCUGGUAUGUCAUCGCCCAAGUCGCUGUGUUAAAGGCUGGCGGGGCAUUUGUCGCUUUGGACCCAAGUCAUCCAGAAGCUCGACUACGGAGUCUAGUGGAAGACGUUGGAGCUCAUGUCAUGUUAUGCUCAGUUAAGCAUACUGAGAAAGCGUCUCGGCUUUGCGAUAGUGCGUUUGCAGUCUGCGAAGCAACAAUCGAUGGGCUUACAAUUCCAGCAACUGUUAUGCCUGCUGCUACCCCAAGCAUAAACAAUGCAGCCUAUGGUAUUUUCACAUCUGGUACAACAGGAAAGCCAAAGGUGUCAGUCAUUGAGCAUAUAUCGCUUGGAAUAGCUGCGUCAACAUUCCCCGAGAUUUUCCGGAUGGGCCGGGGGACUCGUGUGCUUCAGUUUUCGAAUUACAUAUUCGACGUACACGUGAUGGAAACUAUUAUAACCCUUAUGACAGGUGGCUGUAUUUGUAUCCCUAGCGAAGAAGAACGACUGAACGACUUAUCUGGGGCAAUUAAUAGGAUGGGCGCCACCAUGUGCACCAUGACGCCAUCCACAGCAAAUACCCUGAAUCCAGAAUCUGUCCCCACAUUGGAAACAGUCAUAGCUGGAGGAGAAAUAAUGACCAAGAGUCAUGUUGACCGCUGGGCAGACAGGUGUGUCAUCAAUGCAUACGGGCCUUCAGAGGCCACUGUAGCUUCUACGGCAAGUGUGAAAAUUGAUGGAGGAAGACGUCUCACUGAGGAUUACAACUCAAUUGGCACUGCCUUUGCUGGCAGGACUUGGAUCGUUGACCCCAAUAAUUACCACCGUCUCCUCCCUAUCGGAGCAAUUGGCGAAUUGGUAUUGGAAGGCUGCAACGUCGGACGUGGCUACCUCAACAAUGUUGAAAAGACUAAGGAGGUCUUUAUCACAGACGCUCGGUGGACUGAACAUAGCGGGAUAAAGAAAAUCCUCGAGAAUAAGGAGCGCAUGUACCGUACGGGAGAUCUGGUUCGGUACAAUUCCGACGGCAGCCUCUGUUUUAUCUCGCGUAAAGACACUCAGAUCAAGCUCAACGGCCAGCGGAUAGAAUUGGAAGAAGUUGAGCAACAAUGCGUCAGUUACUUGCCAGCGAGCACACAGGUUGCCGUUGAGGUGGUUACGCCAGAAGCAAAAACUGUGGCAAAAUGCCUCGCUGUUUUCUUCGCUACUGGUGAUCACGAGGAGGAUGAGUCAAGUCUACUGCUUUCCACCAGUGAAACUACAGCGGACAUUGUGAAGAAGCUGCAUAGCUCCCUGAAAGAGUCCUUACCGAUUGUGAUGAUACCGAAACUCUUCUUUCCGGUACGUCGCCUACCACUUGCAGCAACCGGAAAGCUUGACCGCAAAGGGCUUCGUGCCAUAGUUGAACGUCUGCCAAAAGAGAAACUGAUGCAAUACACUACCUUCAAUGAUGGUUCCAGGCAAGUAGCAGAAGGUGGAGCUGAAGGAAAGCUUGUGGCUUUGUGGGAGGAAGCAUUGGGGCUUGCACCGGGCUCUGUCGGCACUGAUGAUAGCUUCUUCGGAAUCGGUGGUGAUUCCCUCUCAGCUAUGAAGCUUGUCAGCGCUGCAGACGCCCAGGGCAUUGCACUCACAGUAGCCGAUAUAUACGCAAACCCUAUCUUGGCAGACAUGGCGAAGAUCUGUGAGCCUUCAGAAACGGCAGCGGAAACAGUGACAGUCGAGCCGUUUAGCCUUCUACCUUCUUCGGUGCGCAAAGACGCCUUACAAGAAGUUACUGAUCAGUGUCAUAUACUUGAUGGAUCUAUAACCGACAUCUACCCUUGCAGUCCGGUGCAAGAAGGUCUUAUCACACUCUCAACUAAGCAACAAGGAGCCUACAUAGCUCGACCAAUUUUCAAGCUUACGGACGAAGUCAACUUGGAGCAAUUCAGAGAGGCGUGGCAGCAAACCGUGGAUGAACUUGAUAUUCUGCGAACUCGUAUUGUGCAUACUGACUCUAUGGGAUUCCUUCAAGUUGUGGUCGACAAGGAACCUAUUGCUUGGACUGCUGCAACAACAAUAGAUGAGAUCAUGGAUGACACGCCAGAGUUGCCAAACCAAAGUGGAGGAUCACUGACUGCCUAUGCAAUUGUUCAACGUGGAGAUUCCUCUUCCCGCUAUUUCAUUUGGACAAUACACCACGCACUGUACGACGGAUGGAGUGUGCCAUUGAUUCUCAAAAGGGUGGAAGAGCUGUAUAAAAGCCCUUCCGCUACGGGCUCUACGCUUCCAUACAAGCUUUUCAUUAGCCACCUGCAGGACAAGGAUAUGUCCGAGUCGGACAACUUCUGGAGAUCACAACUUGCGGACAUCUCUUGCUCGCCCUUCCCCCAAAGUAAGGCUUCGAUUUCGGAUGCUGUACGUGUCGGAAAUCGACAUCACAGCAUUGUAGAGAUCGGCCGGGCUCCGGAGAGCAAAGAUCUAACUCUCCCCGAGCUUAUACGCGCUGCAUGGGCCAUCGUUAUCUCAACUCAUACUGGUUCCAGUGACGUCUGCUUUGGCGAAACACUCAUGGGAAGGAACAUCAGUCUCCGCGGAAUUACUGAAGUCGCCGGGCCUGUCCUUACAACGGUUCCUACACGUGUGCAGGUUGACAACGAGCUCUUGGUCACUCAAUUCUUGCAGAACAUACGCAAACUAACCACAGCAAUGAUACCACACCAGCACUCUGGACUCCAGCGGAUACGGAGGCUCAACGAUAAUACGUCCCUCGCUUGCGACUUCCAGAAUCUCUUGGUAAUACAAACAGAAGAGGAAACCAUGAAUGGAGACCUGUGGGUUCCAGAGAAUAACCAAACCAGUAGCGACUUCUUUACUCACCCACUUACCGUUGAAUGUAAAAUCAGCGGUUCAAAGCUGGUUUUGACUGUCCAUCAUGACGAAAUCAUUCUCGACAGCUGGCAAACUGAAAGGCUCACAAAUCAGUUCACGCAUGUGAUACAGCAGUUGCUCACUUUCUCUGAGAAGGACAUCAGAAAGGUUGGUGACCUUGAUGUAGCCAGCCCUCAAGACAAGCAAGAGAUCCUUUCGUGGAAUCAGCGACAGCCAACUCGGGUUGAUAGAUGUGUUCAUGAAAUCAUCCGCGAGAAGGGCGCUGCCCAGCCUGGGGCCCCGGCUAUUUGUGCCUGGGACGGUCAACUUUCUUACAGGGAAAUGUAUGACUAUGCGUCGUCAUUCGCUGCCUAUCUUAACUCCCGUGGGGUUGGGCCUGAAACACUAGUGCCGAUUUGCUUGGAUAAGUCUGUAUGGGCAAUAGUCACCAUACUCGGUAUCCUUAUCGCAGGUGGAGCAUUUGUGCCUCUGGAUCCUGCCCACCCAACAUCAAGGCACAAAGAGAUCUUGGAAGACAUAGAAGCUCGAAUCAUUCUUUGCUCUCCUCAAUAUCGCAAUCGCUAUGCAGGCUCCGUUAAGACCAUCGUCCCUGUAAGUCAAGAUACCAUACGAGCUUAUGGUGCUCUUGCAAGGAAGACCCCAAGCCUUAACCGUGCUACACCAUCAAACAUGGCUUAUGCAAUUUUCACCUCAGGAAGUACAGGCCGCCCCAAAGGCAUUAUCAUUGAUCAUCGCGCACUUGCUAGCAGUGCUACAGCUUUCUCACCCAUUGUGCACUUAAACGAAAAUUCUCGAGCCUUCCAGUUUGCUUCUCUUACAUUCGAUGCCGCUGUCAUGGAAGUUCUUGCCACACUGAUGCAUGGAGGUUGUAUAUGCAUUCCAAGUGAAGACGAGCGCUUGAAUGACGUUGCCGGUGCUAUUCGGCGAAUGGAUGUCUCGUGGGCUUUCUUAACCCCAUCUAUCGCAAGCAUUAUCGAGCCAUCGACAGUCCCUUCUCUGAAAGUGCUUGCAUGCGGAGGGGAGAAGCUGUCACGGGAGGUAGUCCUGAAGUGGGCCCAUCGCGUUAAACUGAUCAAUGGUUAUGGACCAACAGAAACAACUAUUUUCGCUGUCCUGAAUGAUGUAACCCCAGGCACUGAUCCUGCUUGCAUUGGCUACGGCAUUCCGUCUACAUUGACGUGGGUUGUUGACCCUGAAAAUCACAACCGGCUCUCUCCCUUGGGUGCCAUCGGAGAGCUGGCUUUGGAAGGUGCCGCUCUUGCAAGAGAGUACCUUAAAAGCCCCGAGAAAACAGCCGAUGCUUUUGUUACUGAGCCAACAUGGAUCAAAGACUUCCCCAGUUCCCUACCUUCACCCAGGAGGAUAUACAAGACUGGCGAUUUGGUAAGAUACAAUCCAGACGGUUCUAUUGAAUACAUCAGCCGUAAGGAUCAUCAAGUCAAAAUCCACGGUCUCCGUAUGGAGCUCGGUGAAAUCGAGCAUCGUCUGUGCGAAGAUCGUCGUGUGCGUCACGCCGUUGUGAUUCUACCAAAAUCAGGACCCAUUCAGAAACGCCUGGUGGCAAUCUUGUCUUUAGAAUCUUUGAAUUCAGGCAGCGGUCUUAAUUCUGAUGGAGCAUGCGAGCUUAUCAGCCAGGAUCAAAUGGAUGCUGCAUAUUCCAAACUUGAAGAAAUUCAGAAGGGCCUUGAGUCACAGUUACCUAUCUACAUGGUCCCACAAACAUGGGCUGUGAUCAAAAAGCUUCCCAUGUUGGUCUCUGGAAAGCUAGACAGGAAACGGUUGACAGCCUGGAUCGAGAAGAUUGAUGAAUCGACAUAUGAUCGUAUAAUGCAGGAUUAUGAUAACAUCAAACGGGGCAAUACGGAGCACCAGGGUGAAGAAGACAAUGACUCUUCCAUCAAUGUCCUGCUUGAUGUCUUUACCCAGGUUCUCAACAUUCCAUCAUCAAAGAUUGAUCCUAGUCGGUCAUUUGUUAGCCUUGGAGGUGAUAGCAUUACUGGCAUGGCUGUUAUUUCCAGGGCUCGUAAGCACGGGCUCAGCUUGACGCUACACAAUAUUCUUCAGAGCAAGUCGAUAACCGAGCUUGCCCUUACAUCUACUGUCAUAGUCCAGACAGUCAAGCACGAAGAGAAGUCUGGCGAAUUAUUCGACCUUUCUCCAAUUCAGGGCUUGUUUAUGCAGACGACGAAUGAAUUCCAGGGCAAAGCUCGUUUCAACCAAAGCAUGACAGUCCGCCUUACAAAACGGACAAGGCCAGAUGUUGUGAAGAAUGCCAUCAAGGCGGUUGUUGACCGACACUCUAUGUUCAGGGCAAGAUUCAGCAAAUCCUCUGAUGGAACUUGGAAACAGACAAUCACCAAGGAUAUUGAUUCAUCUUAUCGGUUCCGCACUCACUCAAUUAAUAGCCCAAGCGACAUGUUGCCUGAGAUUGCGGAAAGCCAGCAGUCUCUGGAUAUCCAGAACGGGCCAAUAUUCGCCGCAGAUCUAUUUGAAGUUUGCGGUCAUGAGCAAGUUCUAUUCGUUGUAGCCAGCCAUCUUUGUGUUGAUAUGGUGUCAUGGCGCAUAGUCCUGCAGGACAUGCAGGAAUUCAUUGAAACCGGUGCCCUGGCCUCUGACAAGCCACUGUCAUUCCAGAGCUGGUGCGACCUCCAGGUCGAGAAUAGUAAGCGAGAAAACCGUGUCAUCCAACUACCGUUCUCUAAUGAGCCGCCCAAUUUGGCAUACUGGGGUAUGGCGAACUCUCAAAAUCUCUAUGGUCAUGUCAAGAUGGAGUCGUUCACACUGAACGAAGAAGCUACUGCUUUCAUUCUGGGCCGCUGCCAUGAAGCUCUUCGAACAGAAACCGUUGAGAUUCUACUCUCUUCUGUCAUUCAUUCCUUCCAUCGAGUGUUUGCCGAUCGGAAUGUCCCGACGAUCUACAACGAGGGCCAUGGCCGCGAAGCCUGGGAUGCUAGCAUUGACCUUUCCAGAACAGUUGGCUGGUUCACAACAAUGUCUCCUCUGCAUGUUGACGAAGGCUCAGACAUCAUCAAUACUCUGAAGCGAGUCAAGGAUACAAGACGCAAGAUUGCGAAUGACAGCCGGUCUUACUUUGCUCAGAGUCUCCUCCAUCCAUCAGGAGAUGAUUCCACAAGCUUCCCAGUUCCCAUAGAGGUUGUAUUCAAUUAUCUCGGUCAACUCCAGCAAUUGGAACGCAAGGACUCCCUGUUCCAACAUUAUGGAGGCGCAUUUGAUGCCGAAACCUUUGAACUGGCAGGAGACAUGGGACCUCAAACGCCGCGGUUUGCUCUCUUCGAGAUCUCUGCGAUCAUCAUCAAGGAUAGGCUUCAUGUUUCUUUCACAUACAACCGAAACAUGCAACACAGAUCACGCAUCCAGAACUGGGUCUCUGAGUGCAGAAGAACCCUUGAAGAGGAGGUUCUGUCUCUCAAGGAUUAUUCGCCCGCGCCAACUCUCAGUGACUAUCCAUUACUCCCGACAACAUAUGACGGACUGGAUGAUCUUGUCAAGAAAACUUUGCCUAAAGUUGGAGUUGAAAGCUGGGACAGGGUUGAAGACAUCUAUCCAUGCUCUCCGGUGCAAGAAGGUAUCCUCCUCAGCCAACUUCGCGAUCCGCAUGGGUACAUGUUCCACGGUAUUUUCGAAGUUCAUUCUCUCCAGGGCAAACAUAUCGAUUCAUCAUUACUCCGAACGGCAUGGGCAAUGGUAGUCAGCCGGCACCCAGCUUUGCGUACCUUGUUCAUCGAUAGCAACUACAAGGGUGGGACUUUUGACCAGCUGGUACUCAAGGCAUCUGGCGAGGAUGUUCUCGAAUUCGAGUGCGAUGAGUCGCUUGCAUUCGCUCAACUUGAUCAGGUCAAACUUCACGAUAUAAAUGCUAACAGGCGCGUGAAGCUUCCACAGCAUUUGACCAUCUGCACGACAGCCUCUGGGAGAGUGCUUAUGAAGCUCGAG